CAGCCAUUAACGACCUGAGCUGGAGACCGAACUUUUUUUCGGUUCUGAAUCUCUAUAUCUUCUCUUCUAUUCUUGAUAAGCCCUAGAAAAAUAUUUUUCACAAAAACUUAAAUCUAUACAUACACGUAUAUAAAUCAAGAAGUUUCUGCUGGAAUGGGUUGCUCCUCCUCUCUUCCAGAUAGGAGUUCUGGACGGUUGGUUGGAACGAAUUCAGAGAACGGUGGAGCCCCCGACGCCAAAAAUAUACGCGUCAAGCUGGUUCUGUUGGGUGAUUCUGGAGUCGGUAAAAGCUGCAUUGUUCUUCGUUUUGUUCGUGGUCAAUUUGAUCCUACAUCCAAGGUUACUGUUGGAGCUUCAUUCUUGUCACAGACAAUUGCUUUGCAAGACUCUACAACAGUUAAGUUUGAAAUUUGGGACACUGCUGGCCAGGAGAGAUAUGCUGCACUGGCUCCCCUUUACUACCGAGGUGCAGCUGUUGCAGUUGUUGUGUAUGAUAUAACAAGCCCAGACUCCUUUGCGAAAGCGCAGUAUUGGGUGAAGGAGCUGCAAAAACAUGGGAGCCCUGAUAUUAUUAUGGCCUUGGUUGGUAAUAAAGCUGAUUUGCAUGAGAAGAGAGAAGUAUCUGUUCAAGAUGGCAUUGAAUGUGCGGAAAAGAAUGGGAUGUUCUUCAUUGAAACAUCUGCAAAGACAGCAGAUAAUAUUAAUCAGCUGUUUGAGGAAAUUGCCAAACGACUACCUCGCCCAACUACUUCGUGAUUGCAGAACUUCUGACCAAAUUAACUACAGAUCUGCUCAUCCCGUGGGGAACCCAUUGUGUUUCUAUAAUUCAAGAUCCUGUAUAUUGUGAUGUAAUAUUGAACGCCCACUUUUCAGUCAUUUGUGGUCGUGUGGAAACCCAUCGCAAUAGUUAAUAUUGCUGAAAGGUGUAAAUGAUUCAGAGAUGGUUUGUAUUGUUGUGUUGGGAGCCCCCGGGGAAUGAUUUAUAUUUUGACUUUCUUCAUGUAAAAUUUGAAAUUAAAGUAUCUUUGUUGAAUCAAGCAUACACUUCAAAAUUUUGGUUUUGGAUUCAA